GCUUAGGUUCAACACUGUACUUGCUCACAAGUCAGACACUACUCACACGUUUUGUUCAUUGGAAGACCACCAACAUCUGGAUCAAAACACUUUUAAAUCAAAAUGAUCAGGAUCGUCUUCUUAAUUGAAGUGUGAGUGGUGGGUAACGAAGAAGCGAGAGUGAGGACUAAUCAGGAGCAUGGCGGAGAUUUUGGGUGCGGCCAAUUCGGCCACCAAAUUCUUCUUGGAGGUCAACCAGAUUAGUAUUGACAAUUGGACCUUUAAACUCUUCUACAAGGCCACUACCACGAUUUUAGUGGCCAUGUCCAUCAUCUGCUCGAGCAAACAGUUCUUCGGGGAUCCGAUCAAUUGUGAAGUGAGCGGCGGAGAUGUGAACGAUGCAGUAUUAUCAUCUUAUUGUUGGAUGUACUCGACCUUCAACAUCCCUUUAGAGUUCAAAGGCUCCUGUUCCAAGAGGGAACACGAUGGAACCGUACUCUACAACUCGUAUUAUCAAUGGGUGCCCAUUUUUCUGGUCACGUGCGCCUUCUUCUUCUAUGUACCUCGUGCCAUCUGGCUCAUGUGUGAGGGAGGCCUCAUGAAAUUUUUAUCCAAAGGCACCACCACCAAAAUUAUCGAAGAUGCCAAAGAGAAACGGGAAAAUCUCGUGUCCACUUUUCAAGAGCACUUGCACAACAAAUACAAUUCCUAUGCCGCAUGGUUCUUUUGUUGCGAACAAUUGAACUUAAUCAUUGUCGUCUCCUUGUGGUUCAUCACCAAUAAAUUUCUGAAGUAUCAGUUUCUCAACUACGGGCCCUUGGUGAUUCAAUAUUAUCAAAUGCCUCCGGAGGAACGCCAACUGUACAUGGUCAACCCAAUGUGUGAAGCUUUUCCGCGGAUUGCCGCCUGCGAUUACAUUCGCUAUGGAGCUGGGGGUGGACAAGAGAGAAAGAAUGCCAUUUGUAUCCUCGGAUUGAACAUGAUCAACGACAAAGUUUUCUUGAUCUUAUGGUUUUGGUUUCUGUUCUUGACAACCUUCAGCGUGAUCCGGUUCUGUUACCGUCUCCUACAGAUCUCCUCCAACCGAUUUCGUUACCACAUGAUGCGGAUCCGGAUAAGUCGAUACUUCAAGACCGACAACAACAUGCGACACAUCAAGCAUUAUGUGGAAAGAUGCUCCAUCGGCGAUUGGUUUGUCUUGUAUCAAAUGAGUCGGAACAUGAACACGCGUUUCUUUGCCGAAUUCCUCGUCGUCUUGAGCCGGAAAGUCAAUCCAGACCCAGGACUUGCUGAUGAGGAAGAGUGCCAAGAUGAUGAAUGUACGAAUCUUAUCAAGGCCAAUGGAACAGUGAAGCCCAAUAACUCCUCGUUGAGUCUUCAUAGCCAAAUCAUCGACUUAACUUACGAUGCGCACAUGGUCGAUUGCGCUGAAGAGCAAGCCAAGAAACCCGUGCCCAAACCUCAAAGUGCGGAUUGCAAUAGUAAUUCAUCGGAUGAUGGCGACGAUAGCGAUAAGGAUUUGCCCAAGAGGAGACGCGAUAUUGUUGCUCAUGAAGCUGAAGAGGAAGAUGAAGAGGCCAAACGAAAUAAAAGAGAAGUCCGACAUCAAGAAAGCCGACCAUACAAUUAUUCAUCGCCCAAGCGGAACAAGUAUCUGCCAAGGAGUGCUUAAAAUCCCGAUUGGAAAGUUCAUUUCGAUAAUAGCAAUGUACAGAAGUAACACGAAAUUUCAUUCAGGAUAGUUUGUCUAUCCGGCGCUAACCUUAACUUCUUGUCAGAUCCAAUGUAUGUAAAAAAUACAUGAAAAUUUAACCAUG